UACUGGAUGCGGUUCUCGAACCUGCCAGCCUUAUCGGUGGCGAGACCCUGUCCUCACUUACUGCCUCUACAGUCCAUAGUAGGGGUAGUGUACCGGAGUAGUACGCUCGUCACGAUCCGCAAGGGUUUUUCCCAUUUCCGCAUUAGGAGGUCAACCAAAGCCUGGCAUGGCGCCGAUGCGAACCACACAACAACCCAAAAAAACGAUGUCAUAUGUCGUUAUGACGGCAUCAUUGCUUGCUUGCAAUUUGCAGUUUCUGUCCCGUGUUUGAUACUCGGUAGUCCGUAGUGUGCUGAUCCUUUUUUUCCUUUUUUCUUUCGUUGUGGCAUGUACACUACACUAACCUCACUACACACACACACAUACAUCAUUCGAGAGACUACGAGAACCAACCCUCAAGUCUGUCUGGCUGUUCCCUCCCUGCUUCGGAUAUUUAUACUUCACUCCCCUCCUCCCUCAGGAACCAGAUCCAAAAGCAUACAAUGCGUCCUUUCACCGAUACCACUGUCCACACUACUGCUUCUUCGAGUUAUUCGUCCCAGGGAACCAAGACUGAGAAAUAAGUGCCGAUUACUUGCCACUGCCAUUCUUCAAGACGACAACCAGCAAAGCUAUACCUACAAGUACACCACAACCACAACUACACCACCACUACAACUACCACAACUACUACCUACCACACCACACACAGAUCCCAAACCAAAGAAAACACAAACCAAAAUGGGCGCCGUCGUCUCCUGUAUCCAAAGCGUCUUCCACGCCAUCGGCGCCUGCCUCAUGGGCAUCGUCAACACCAUCGGCUCCGUCUGCAAGGCCAUCAUCGACGGCAUCGUCACCCUCUUCGACGUGAUCAUCUCGUGCCUCACCUGCGGGUACUGCGGGAACCGGCGGCGGACGCGGACGCACGGCCGGAGGUCGAGGGUCUAGAUCUUGCCUGAAGAAGAUGUGAAGAGGAGGCGGAAGAUACCCUGCUGCGAUGGGUUCGCUAAACCAUUCUUUUUAUUCGUGGCUCGGAUUUGAUCUACCCUGAUCGGAUCUGAUCUUCGUUCUAACGAGGUUACGACUUAUGGACUGCGCUGGUGGUUUUUGUUUGCGUGUUUCAUUUCGUUCCGUUUCGCAGCU